AUGCGGCCGCAACCCACGCUGCGCGCUGCUUUCCGCAGUGCGCUCACCUCAGCCCGCGGCGCUGGCGGUUCCGGCCGGCAGGUGACAGUGUCUCCGUUCCCCCAGGCCGCUGCUCUACCGUCGCGGCUGCCGACCGUGGCAAACACCGCGGCAACACAGUGUUUCUCGACCUCGACCCGCCGGCCAUCACACAACGAGCCGACUGUUUCAUCCUCCUCCUCCUCUUCUUCUUCUCCCUCGACCUCGUCAGCCUCCUCCUCGACCGGUGCGGCACCCGCUCUUCCCACGUCGGUCCUCUCUCAGAUUCUCUUUGCGCCCUCAUCGGCACCAUCACCAGUGUCGUCGUCCUCCUCCUCCUCGUCCGCAACGCCGUCGACCGCCGCCGCCGUGGCCUCCGUCACGUCCAACCACCCGUCCGUCUACGCCACCGUGCAGAUCCACGGCCGGCCGUACCUUGUCACGCCGGGCGACAGCCUGCGCCUGCCGUUCAAGAUGCCGGGCGUGCAGCCGGGCGACGAGCUGCUGCUGAACCGUGUGGGCGUAGUGGGCAACCGGACGGUGACGGCGGUGGCGGCGAGCACGUCGUCUACUGUGUCAGCCGGGACUGCAGAGGCCGGCCGCGACAACAACAGCAACAACAGCAGCAACGGCGAGUCGUUUGACGUGCCGUAUGUGCCAGGUGCGAGUGUCAAGGCCGUGGUGCUGGGUGUGGAGACGGAGCCGCUGCGGACAAUGGUGAAGAAGAAGCGGCGGACGCGGCGGAAGCGGACGGUGAAGAGCAAGCACCAGUUUACGGUGCUGCGGAUCCAGGAGGUGUCUGUGGAGGCGGAGGCAUAG